AUGUUCUCGUCCUUCUCGUCCUUCUCGCUCCCUCGCUUCGGGUUCGGCCGGGACUCGGGCUCCUCCACCGCGAUCGACAUCCCCUCCGUCGAGGUGCACGACAUCGAGACCUCAACGGACAAGCGCGACCGGACGCUCAAGCACCUCCUCAAACUAAACCACACGAACUAUUCGAUCCUGUACAAUCGGUUGAGAUUCCAUAACCAUACGCCUCACCUCCUCGGCUCGGCCUACCUCCUAGGCAGCCCGCCCGAGCACCUGAACGACAUUUACGAAGACGCAGCCCGCAACGAGGGCCACGAACCGUGGGUCGACUCGCCCUCCGAGAUCGCGCUGCAUGACUACCGCGACUUUCUGGGCCAGCGCAACUACCAGCGCGCGUGGGUCGAUUUCUUCGAAGAUCAGCUCGUGCUGCACGGGUACGAGUGGAAGAGGGUCGUCGCCAAGUUCCUUUUCGAGCGCGGCCCCAAGGGCAGUGCGACCGAGGAGCCCAUGUUCUCAUGCUUGACUGCCGGGUUGGCCCACCCGUUGAUCCACCUCGGGUAUGCGUACGAGUUGAAUUCGCGGGAGGUGGCGAUGGAGGCCAUGGGGUUGGCGGCGACGUGUUUCGACGCGCGGUUGGCGGGGUUGCUCGAAAGUGGCACCAACCCAACGACGUAUUCCACGGGCGAUCUGUUCGAGGUGUUUGCGCACGUUAACAGUGAUGACAGACUAGAUGGUGUGUUCGAACACCACGGGGGCGACAAUCUGAGCAAAUUGCUGGGUGACGCAAAGUUGACUUCGAUCCUCGUGGAACAUUGGUCGGCGUGGAAGAUCACCGACCCGACCAAGGAUUUUGCGCAGAGCCAGGCGUUAGCGGCCGCUUUGUUGGUGUCUAGUGCGCCGAGCGUGAGAGGUCAUGGCUGGGAUUUCUUCCUCGUGCACCUUCUCACGAGCAGUCACGCCGUCAGGAUCCUGAUCCCGUUUCUGGAACCACAGUAUCAUGUGCGGCUCGUCAAAGAGUGGUUGCUGAUCGCUCUGGCGAUCUAUAUCGCUCAGCUGCGGCCACUCAUCAAGACGUCUUACAUUACAGAUGUCGACCUUGCGGGGCGGAAUUGGGUCUUUGUCUCGAAGCAGGCGGUGGAAGGACCGUACAAGUUCGACGCUCAUUUCGUCAAGGCGUGUCGCGCACUGUAUGAGGCCGAUAAAGUCUGGGGCGAGUCUGGGCCGAACGGAGAAGAGAAUUACUGGUUGAAAGCAGCGGUCAAGUUCGCCGGCGAAUUUGCUGGUUGGGGUGGGUUUGGCGAAGAGGAUGAUCAGAUGGGGGAGGAACUGAGGAGGGAUAUGGCAGAGAGACAAAAGGCUUGA